UCCUGGAACAGCUGUUGGGAAUCCGCCCACCUAACUUUAUCGGACACGCAGUCGUAUUAAUUGAGCGCCUACACACAGAAGAACUACAAGAUGGCGCAGGCUAUAUUUGAAGUCCUGGAAGGGAUGGACAACCAGACAGUCCUGGCUGUCCAGUCUCUGUUGGAUGGCCAGGGAGGUGUGCCUGACCCAAACAGCCAGAACGUCUCAGGCUCAUCUACCAUUCAGUCAAUGGACGACGAAGACGUCUUUCUUUGUGGGAAGUGCAAGAAACAGUUCAAUUCAUUGCAUGCCUUCAUGACCCACAAGAGAGAGCAUUGCCAGUCCAAUGCCCCUUCCCUGUCUACAGUAUCACUGGCAUCUAGUAAUGCCUACACCCCUGUGCCCUCCAUUAGCUCUGUGCCACAGACCCCCGCCAACAGACAGGUAUCCACAUACAUUACAGUGCCUCCAUCUCCUCUUACUCACACACUUGUCCAAGGCAAUGUUUUAGUGAGUGAUGAUGUUCUGAUGUCUGCCAUCUCCGCCUUCACGUCCAUUGACCAACCCAUGGCAGCUUUGCAGCCCCCUAUUCAGAGUAACCUGAGUAUGCACACAGGUGCAUCCUACCUCCAGCACCAUCAGCAGUCCUCCCACUCUCUCCCACCUGGACAGUCUCAGCCUCUGUCCUCCCAGGUGCUGUCCAGUAUCAGCAACUCAGUGGUCCAGGUCUACAGCACUAUGCCUCAAAUGUCUGGGAGUGGUAGUGCAGAGAUUCACACCCUGGGCUUGCAGCCGUUCCAAUCUGUACAGGUCCCCAGUCAGUGUGUGGAGAGCCAGUCAUUCAACACUCCUCCAGUAUACAGUCCUGGGAAGCAAGGCACCAAGACCAAAACCUGCAGCAUCAAUGCAAACCUAACUGAGCUUGAAGAGUUUGACAAGGUGAUCAUUCCUAAACAACCAAGAAAUGUCAAGAAAGGCCAGGAUGGAGCAGCAGCUGAACAAAUGAAAGGAAAGUCCCAGAAGCUUAAAUGCAAUUUCUGUGACAAAGUCUUCUCCAAAAACUUUGAUCUCCAGCAACAUAUCAGAAGUCAUACAGGGGAGAAGCCUUUCCAGUGCAUUGUAUGCGGCCGGGCCUUUGCCCAGAAGUCUAAUGUGAAGAAGCACAUGCAGACACACAAAGUGUGGCCUUCGGGAGUGGCCAAUUCAGUGUCCAGGCUACCCAUCACAGUCAAGGUGGUACCACUGUGUGCAGAGGAGGGCAUAGAGCAACAGGAAGAACAGGAGGAACAACAACAGGAAGAGGAGGAGCAGCCAGAAGCCCCAGGUGAGCCCGAGGAGAGAGACUGUGACUCCCAGACUGAUGUGGACAGCUUGGGAGAUGGUGACUGCAAGCAGAAAGGCCAGCAGGCCCAGACCAAGCAGAUUAUCCUGAUCGACAGCUCCUACCAGUGCCAGUUCUGUGCCGGCAAGUUCAGCACCUACUUCCAGCUCAAAUCUCACAUGACCCAGCACAAGGGGGAGCAGUCUACUGUCCCCACUUGCUUCAAGAUGUCCACCAUUGUUGCUGUACCCAAGAAAGUGAAGGUAUAUAAGUGUGUGGUGAAGACCUGUUCCCAGACAUUCCAGAAGCUGGAUCUGUUCCUGGAGCACAUCCGGACACACCAGGAACAGCUCACCUACCGCUGCCACCUGUGUGGCAAGGUGUUCCCCUCGCUGUUUGAGCUGGGGGUGCACCAGUACUCCCAUUGCUUCUGUCCCCAGCAGAACCCACGCAAGGAGACUACUUUCUAUAGGUGCAUGAAAUGCCAAAGCCGGUACGCCACACAAGAGGCCUUGGAGCAGCAUUUAUUAACUGCCUCCCAUAACUUCCCCUGCCCACAUUGCCAAAAGGUUUUUCCUUGUGAGAGGUAUUUCCGACGACACCUGCCCACACAUGGUAUCGGAGGGAGGUUCAAAUGUCAGAUAUGUAAAAAGUUCUUCAAAACCGAGCACUACCUCAAACUGCACACUCGUAUCCACUCAGGAGAAAAGCCAUACAAAUGUUCUGUUUGUGAGGCCAUGUUCAACAGGAAGGACAAGGUGAAGAGGCACAUGCUCAUUCAUGAGCCCUUUAAGAAAUACAAAUGUCCAUUUAGGACACAUGUUGGCUGCACUAAAGAGUUUAACAGACCAGACAAGCUGAAGGCACACAUAUUGUCUCAUUCUGGUAUUAAGCCCUAUAAAUGUGGGUACUGCCAGAAAGCUUUCAGCAGAAGAGCCCACAUGCUGGAGCACCAGCGCUCGCACACAGACAACUAUCGUUUCCGCUGUGCCACCUGCAACAAGGGCUUCACGCGACAGAAGUACUACAGAGACCACAAGUGCCCCGUGGCUGCGGUGAAGGACGGGGCGGAGAAGAGAGUGAAGAGGCAGGGACACAGGACAGAGGGGAACCAGGAGUCGGAGCAUAGCAGGGAAGAGGUGGAUGAAAGGGAGGAAGAAGAGAGGAUUGAGGACCCUCAGGCAGUGGAAUCAAGUGUUCCAGUUGAGGAUCAGUCAGAGGGAGGAGAGGCAGAGCAGGAGGAGCACUUUGGAGACUGCUGAGUGACACUGGCUGUUUACAGCAGAGCACCCAUGUUUAGAGACAAUGGAUUGUGGCCUGAGUUGCAUUCAAGCCAAAUCUUGAUCUUGUCCUGAGACUACCUCUGCAUGUGGAGGGGAUUUGAAUCUCUCCCAAUUAAAAGGUGUUUCUAUACGUUUUAUAUUAAAACAUUGAAGCGUGGCACUUUUUCCUGUCAAUGAUUGUUAUUCAGAACAGUGAGAUGCCUCAUCCGUGACCAGACAUGUGAUAAUGUUUUCAUCCUGAUGAAAGCACUUUGUUUAAAAGGUAUUUUUCGCCACAUGUAGUGUCACUCUAUUGUGGACAUUCCUGACUACCUUAGGUACUGAUUCUAUUUUGUGAAACAUUUUAUGUAAUGUAUGAAUCUUGAGGCAUGCACUUGAUGUUUAUUGAAUAAAUUAAGCUGCAUCUAUUCAAAAUGGAUAGCCAUGACUUUAAGCAGUUUCACUCUACAUGAUUGGAGCAGAAAUCUUUCGUACAUAAAUCAAAACAUUUCACCAUAAACCCCUUUUUAUAAAAGGAAAUUCAUUUGUUAUUAACAAUUUACAACAUGGUUUCAUAUACAGGGAUAGCAGUUACGAUACAUCUGGAGACAAAAAUAAAAGGGGCUGGCUUUUUAUUUGCAAUGCAACAAAUGAUUAUUUACACAUUUACUUCCCUGGGAUUUCCAUUCAUAAUCUUCCAGGGAAAAAAAUAUGUAUUCCCAUGCCUUUGCCACAGCCAGAAAAACAUCUCCCAUUUCCUAUAAAAAUCGAUAAAUUCAUAUGCUAAAAAUCUCCCAGACUAUUAAAAGCUACAUGUAUAUCUAGUCUCCAAUGUGGUUAAAUCUCAUAUCACUGAAGACAUCUCAAGGCAAUAUUCUAGACAAACAUUUCAGAAUACUUAAAAAAAAA